CACCCUGGUAUUCCUGUGCCUUCAUGACAAAAGCUUUCAAGUGAAGACAAGACCCUAGACCUUCCUUCUCUCUCUCUCUCUCUCUCUCGGCCAUGGAAGAAUAUUAGAACAAAGCUACAAAAUCAGCCUAUAGAAAGGACACGAUUUUCCUCUAAACAGUGGGAUUAGCGCCCCUAUAGAAGCUGUGAAACUAUUGCACUGUCAGAUAUAUCAAGAAGCUGCGGGUGAGCAAGAACAACUAAGAACAGAAACGGUCAAAACUCAAGAACUUCGGUCCCUUUUGGGCUGUUGCUUGUUGCAGAAACCUCAAUCCUGAAUUAAUCUACAAGAAGUAGAAGGAUUUGAGGUUCUGUAAGACACCGGGAUCUCUUGUUGGAGUUGAGCUGUGCUUCAUAGGAUGGGAGAGACUAGUAGUAGCUCAAGUCAUUCAAGGCAGGAUCCUUGUGUUCUUGGAAGCUAUGGCUUCCAUGGCGCCAUGGCCAACUCCACGCCUCCUGCAAACUUCUUCGAUCAGGAAGGAGCUACCUAUUUUGGAGAGCUAGAAGAGGCUUUCAUGCAUCAGGUUGCCGCACUCCGGAGGACUCAACAAGCAGCAAACACCUCCACAGCUCAUCAUGGAGACACCACGCCCGUUCUCAUUGCUGCUACUGCUACUGCUACAGCUGCAACGGCUACAGCUAGGCCGCCUCCUACACUGGACAUCUUCCCCUCAUGGCCUAUGAGGUCUCUUCACACACCCAAGGGUUCAAAUGUGACAGCAGAUAGCACGGACUCGGGUAGCAGCAGCAAGAACAACAGCGACCACAAGGCCUCUUCGGAUCAGCUCGGAGUAGCGGCAAACAUGGCAAGCCAGUUUGAUCAAGUUUCAAAGCAGCAGCAACACAAGAAUAUGGCAACAAGUUCUACUCAAAGGACUGGCAAGACACUUGAUCCAAAGACAAUCAGAAGGCUUGCUCAGAACCGAGAAGCUGCACGCAAAAGCCGGCUGCGAAAGAAGGCUUACAUUCAGCAGCUUGAAAGCAGUAAGCUGAAGCUUUCUCAGAUGGAACAGGACAUCCAGCGAGCCCGUUCCCAGGGCAUCUUACUUGGAGGAGCUCCAGGUCCAGGUGCAAACAGCAGCUCAGGCGCCGCGAUGUUCGACAUGGAGCACGCUCGGUGGCUGGAUGACCAAGGCCGGCGCAUGGCCGAGCUGCACGGAGCGCUGCACGCGCACUUGCCGGACGGUGACCUCAGAGCCAUCGUCGAUGACACCCUGACCCACUACGACCAGAUGUUCCGUCUAAAGGCCGUCGUGGCGAAGUCCGACGUGUUCCAUCUCAUCACCGGGAAGUGGGCGUCCCCUGCCGAACGUUGCUUCCUCUGGAUGGGCGGAUUCAAGCCCUCUGAUCUGCUCAAGACACUACUGCCCCAGCUUGAUCCCCUGACCGAACAUCAAGUCCUUGCCAUCUGCAACCUUCAACAGUCAUCGCAGCAGGCAGAAGAAGCUCUCUCCCAGGGACUGGAGCAGCUGCAUCAGUCAUUAGCUGACACCAUGGCUGGUGGAUCUUUGAUUGACGACGCCAACAUGAGCUUCAUGGGUCAAAUGGCUCUGGCCCUCGGCAAGCUGUCCAACCUUGAAGGCUUUGUCAUACAGGCUGAUAACUUGAGGCAGCAGACUCUUCAUCAGAUGCACAGGAUUCUGACAGUUAGGCAGGCAGCUCGAUGUUUCUUGGCCAUUGGCGAGUACCACAACCGCCUUCGUGCCCUAAGCUCCCUCUGGGCUUCUCGACCUCGAGAGAUACUGGUAGCAGGUGAAGUCAAUUGUGGAGAGCUAAGCAUCGCUGCACAACCAUCCCAAAACCAGUUUACAGCCUUCUGAUUCACAAAUAUGGUGGUACUAACCUUCAGCGUAUGAGCAAGAGAAAAUGACUGAGAAGUUUUUGAGAUGUAAUUAGCAGAUAUCUGAGAGCCACAGAAGAGAGCUGGAAAAUCAGGGAAGCUUUAGAACAGGGAGUGUUUCUGUUUUCUGAGCUUGUCUGAGAAUUUUCCGGGGAUGUCAAAUUGUUUAAUUCACUGGAGUGAGAAUGGUAAGAAAAGAACAGCUAAAAUUUGUUGUCCAGUGCUAUGUUCUUUUGCUUCUGUCAGGUCUAAAUUCUCAAAACAGCUGUUCCUACAUAAUGAGAUAAUGCUCUACGAAAUUCUACAGAUGUUUACUGGUUA